AUGGGAGGUAAACAGCUUCGCUUUUGGCUCCUGAAGCCCAAGUUUGAAAAGAAGAUCACCAUCGAUCAGCAAGCACGUGACGAUGGAUACAGAUUCAUCCGUGACUUCGGCCCCAAAAGCAACAACAAGAACCAAUUCAUGGAAUGGACCGACGAGUACAUUAACACACCGGGUAGCAAAAUCGAAGGGUGGACGGAGGGAAAGGUCAAGGAGGCACUCCACAAUUACAUGCGAGGACGCCAGAACGCAAAAACGCUCGAAUAUUGGCCGUUCACAUUGAAAUCCUUCGCCCCAUGGUUCUUCGACCGCAUCCUCACUCGCAUGCUACCAACCAUGCGCCAGCACUCCAUCACCUGGAUUGGGCGUACACGGACCGGCAAAUCGUUGGGAUCCAAAACAGUCUUGUUUGCACAGUCUAAGUUUGAAAUCGAUUUGGCGGAGCGAGCAGACUUGGUUCCAUCCAUUCUCACGGCGAAGCAUCUCGAUUUCUUUAAGGCGGAGCCUCUCACCAAGUUCAAACCAGGGGUGUUUGAUGACGGCAUGUUGCAAAAGAUGGACGCUUCGUUUUUGAAAGCCUUCCUCAACCCGUCCGAAGAAGAUGCCACCGUUUGGGCGCGGUACUCAUCAGCUCAUUUCGAACAAGGUGCCGGACGCCACGCAUGCAACAAUCCCUAUGACCGCAAAGUUGACGAAGACAUGUUCGCGAAAAUGAAGACCACGAAGCUUUGGGAAACUUCUUACAGCGACUUUGUCAAGUUGAUCAUGCCUUCAUUCACAGCAGUGGACGACGAAGAAGACUUGGACGCGAUUCUGGCCCGCACGCACCUCAUUGUCCUUACAGACAAUGGUAUUUAUCAUCGUGUAGCAUCUACGGGGAAAGGGUCAGUAGACUUCAUUGCGUGGGACACUGAGCCGAAGGACUUGCUUGCUCCCUCCCAGCAUGCAAUCUUCAAAUCGUACAAAAUGAAUCCACAAGGACAUCAGCUUCCCCCCUCCUUCCAUGAGGAUUCCGCAUGGUCGCAGGAAGCUCUCCGACGUCUAGUAAAUGGCGAACAACUUCCACGAGGCUAUAUCGUAUACAGACCCAGGAGCAUGGUCGGCGAUGCUAG